CCUUCAGGUAUUAUUUUUUUUACACCUUAUCAUCGAUAUAUAAUACUCUUUCGUUAUUACUUUUUUAUUAUUUAUUACAGAGAAUCAUUUGGAUGAUUAUUGCAUGCGAUAUGCAGUUUUAUUCCCAAAACACUGGGUUGAAAACUUCUCAGUGGAAGAGGUGCGAUAUUUUAUCGAGCCUCAACUGUGGGAUAGAGUGUCGGCAAAUGAGCCAAUCAAGGAUUCCACCGUCACAUUCUUUGGUGAGGAGGCGUCCUUAGAAAUAAAUGAUGAAAGGGUUGCGUGGCACUUUAGGCUCAUAGAUGGAUCGCAGGAUUCCAGGGAUUAUGUAAUCACCAAUGAUUUUAUACCACCAUUGUUCUACGUAUUCGAUAGGGCAAUAUCCGAGCGGGAACAUGAAGAGUUCCAUAACAGUGUUGUUCAUGCGGUCACAGAGCAAGAACUUUAUUGCUCUGAGGACGAAAAUGCGAGUACUGUAAUCCUCUCAGAUCUGGAGGAUGCAAAUAAUGUUGAUGAUGAUGCUGAUACAGUAAUCCUCUCAGAUCCAGAGGAUGUGUAACCCGUUUAUUUUUUUAAGUGUUUAUUAUAAAUCAAAUAUAACGAAAAAAAUAUCAUUAUUAUAUUAUUAUAUUUAUUAUAAUUAUAAUUAUUAUAUUAUUUUUUUUAAUGUUAAUAAAAUUUUUUCUUUUGUAUGUAUGUAUGGGUUUGAAACUGAUUUUUUUAAGAUAGAUUUUUUAAUAUAUUUUUUCCGAGUAAGUCCUUCAACAUGUGGUGUGUUCGGUCUGUAGAUGUUAGAGUGAGACAAUCUAUGGGAGAGGGCUAAAGGUUCUCUCUCACUCGAAUGUGCAUCAUAGGCUUGUUUUUAGUUUUCGAUACUUGUUGACAAAACAAUGAAUGCCUUCUUUCAAAAUGCUGCUAGAUUUCAUGUCAAGUUUGAUCAUAAGCGUUUCGACAGUUUAAGAGCAAACUACGAUAUAGUUUUUCUCAAGUUUUUUCUGUGUUAAAUAAUUUGUGAGUUUUAAAUAAUCUAAUCCAAUAGUAAGUAUGUAUAAUUUGCUAAAAUUUUAAGUAUUAGAGGUGGUGUGUGAUUUUUAAUUGAUUAACUGUGCAUUUUUUUUUUUCACAGGUUGAAUAAGAACUAGUUAUCAUUAUCCUGAUAUUGAGAACUGUUUUCAAUAGAAUCAUCAUUAUCAUCAUUAUUGACAGCGUCAAUAUAUCGAGGAAGUAAGUAAUAAUCUUUCAAAUUAUCGUAAGAAAAUGUUGAUUAAAAAAACUUGCUAAUUUUUUCAUUUAUGUUUCAGUUUUUAAAAAAUGAUAAACGGUAUAUCAUAUGGAUACAUCAUCCCGAAUGAGUGGGCUGAUCAUGCAAUCGGCCUAAUAUGGCGGAUAAUUCUUCCAUUCCUUCGGAAUAUUAUUGCGUCAGGACAGCAGCUGGAUGGAGAAACUAUUACAGUGGGUGGUGUAUCCACAAUUUUAAGGGUGUGGAACGCUAGGCUGUGUUGGUUUUUCUCAAAACCCGGGGACCAAACACCAUCACCAUACCACUAUCGAUUCAGCCCGAAUCUACUGGCGGAACAGUUCCCGGAAUUCCAAAGGAUAUAUGGAAUCGAACUUCCACCACUUUCAUGGAUGGAAGCUCUGAAUGAUGUGGUUUUGCUGAACCUGACUUACAGCGUCCUGAUGCCGCAAAGUUGGGUAACCCAAAAUUUGACGGAUGAGAUCGCGGAUACAAUAAUAGCCGCCCUUCAACCUGGUGUUGAUGAUCCUGAUGGGGUCAUUUUCACACUAGGAGGGAUCACCGUCCAAUUAGGUGUGUUCCCUGAGGCGAUGUGCUGGUGGUAUCGGGAAGUGGAUAACGAUGGUGGGGUAUCCUACUUCCAAAGCGCGAACCUGCAUACUCAGGGUCCGGUGGCGAACAAUGGCCCACUCCAAAUAUAUUGGCCUGAUGACGACAUGAGCACCGAUGAUGGUUUUGAGGAUGGGUCAUCAUCAUCAUCAUCGUCAUCAGAAGAUGAUGAUUAAGUAUAAGUUCUCAUUAAGAUUUUUUAUUAAUUUUAAAUAUACUUAGGAUAGUUAUGUAAUUUUUAAAAAUAGUUUUUUCAAUUUUUAAAUACUAAAGUAUUUUAUGGUACGUUAGAUAUAUAGAUUUAUAAUACCCCUAAUUUUUAAUUUUUUUAAUUUUUUAU